GUCCGCCUGGGCCUCCUGGGAAGAGAGGAAAAAAGGGCAAGAAAGGCGACCCUGGAGAGCCUGGUCCAUCGGGAUUAACAGGAGCGCCUGGAAAAAAUGGAUUCCCGGGACCAAUAGGGUUGGAUGGACCAAAAGGUGACCCGGGCCGGCCCGGGGACAAGGGCCAGAAGGGCGAGCACGGCAGCCCGGGCUUCGACGUCUUCUCCGCCGUCAAGGGUGUGAAAAGAUCGGUGGACAACUUUAAAAUUAGUCCGUACACGACCGCGGAGAUCAUAGCAGUGAAGGGCCUGCAGGCGGCCGGCCACAACAUCUCGGCGCACACCAUCAUCCAGCUCAAGGGAGAACCUGGUGAACCGGGUCCACCCGGACCGGCUGGACCCCAGGGCCCGGAGGGGUUGCCAGGGCAUGAUGGUCGCGCGGGCCCUGCUGGGCCAUCCGGCCCCCCUGGCGUACCUGGCCCGCCGGGGCCAGUGGGGCCCAUUGGAUUAAGUGGACCAAUUGGACCUUCAGGACAUAAGGGUGACAAAGGCGACAAGGGUGAGCGGGGCUUCACGACGACACUGAAGGGCGACGCGUUCCCGACCGGCAUCAUCGAGGGCCCGCCCGGCCCGCCCGGCCCGCCCGGCAAAACUGGUGAAAUGGGACCACGUGGGCCUCCCGGCAUCGAUGGCUCUCCUGGAACAGCGGGCGUGCAAGGUCCACCAGGAAAACCGGGUGAGAUGGGUCCAAAAGGAUCGAAGGGCGAGUACGGAGACAUGGGAUCUCCGGGUAUGCUGGGCGCGCCGGGUCUACCCGGCCCUCCCGGUUACCCGGGUCUGAAAGGCGAGAAGGGCGAUAAGGGUGACUCGAAGUACAGAAAGCUGAGGAGGAGACAGAAUUUGCAGGGAGACGGCACUGGAUACGAGCUGUACGGGCAUGAAAUGAUGAUGGGUCCGCCGGGGGCGCCGGGCCCCGCGGGCGCGCCGGGCGUGGCGGGCCCGCCGGGCAUCAAGGGCGACAAGGGCGAGCCGGGCGCCCGGGGCAAGGCGGGAGAAAGAGGAGAAAAAGGCGAUGCAGGGCCCAUGGGAUUACCAGGUCCAGUAGGAUUACCGGGAGAAGACGGGCGGCCGGGAGACAUCGGACCUAGAGGCCCGCCCGGACUCGACGGCAUGAAGGGCGCGCAAGGUGAGCCAGGCUCCAAGGGCGAGCGCGGCGACCCCGGACUGCCCGGGACUGACGGGAUUCCCGGACAAGAGGGUCCAAAGGGUGACAAGGGCUAUAAAGGAGAACCUGGUCCCGUGGGCAAGCGCGGGCGCAAGGGCGACAAGGGCGACAAGGGCGAGCAGGGCGUGCCGGGGCUGGACGCGCCCUGCCCGCUGGGGCCCGACGGCCUGCCGCUGCCCGGCUGCGGCUGGCGGCCCACCAAGGAGUCGGUGCCGGCGGUGCCGCGCGAGGACGCGGGCGCGGCGUCGGACGAGGACGAGGCCGAGCCCGACGACGCCGACGCCGACGCCGACUACGACGCGCGCGACGACGAGCUCGACCCGCCGCGCGACUACGACGACUACACCGACAACGCGCACCUCUCGCACCACCACGACUGAGCUGCUUCUCUCUCCCUUGCCCGCCGUCGCCUGCCAGGGCUGCGAGGAGAGCGCAAUGUCAAAUACGAUCAGACUGAGCGUCCAUUUAGUUUAUUCCGCGGACAUUGUGCCUCCUUCUGCCCGUCCUCUAAUACUACUUUCUUACUCUCUCCCUUUUGGUUUAUGUUUCUAAUAGGUUAAGAC